UUUCACGUCCGUCGACAUGGACUGGCGGACGAGCUUGCUGCUUCUGCUGGUGCCCAGCACCUGGGCAUCCGACUAUUGGAAAUUUAAGUGUCGUUAUGAGGACACACGUCCGGAUGUGGUGUGCAUCUCUUCCCUUGGCAUAGUGGGAGUCGCGAACAACAAGAACUAUUCCCUGAGCAUGGAUAGUUCUCCAUAUCACAUUUGCAAGCCGCCGGAUGCGAAUGCUGGUGCCCACUGCACCCUGCCGCGUCCGAUCAACAGUACCGGCGUAAAACAUAACUUCACUUUUGCAGUGGAAGCCAUCGAUGCUGCACGGUGGUACGAAUUUCACCUGGUCGACGACCAAAUGACAAGGCCACUGUGGGGAAACUAUUCACCCAGCAUCUCAAGGAGGGACAAUGUGGUCUGUGUGGAUGGCCAGUGGAGUUCGCGGAAUAGCAACUCCACCUUCAAGUGGCGCGUUAGCCUGCUAUCGAACGAAGCUUAUGAUGCUCGUAUCAUUAGCCACCUGGAAGCUGGUUUCAGUAGUCCACAGGAUGUGUGCUUCAGGAUGCCGCCUUAUCGCUAUCCUCAGUACGAAGUGCGUCUCUGGACACGCUACAAUCUCACAGGCUCGCCCUGGACGAAGGAUUACUACUCCUUCAAUGUAUCGGGGAAUGCAUCCGUACCAGAUCGUCCACCGAAGUUCGUGCCCAAUGGAUUUUCGUACGAACCGCGCUCUACGGAACUUUAUGUCUAUUGGGUGGGUCUGUCUAUGCUGGAAUUUGGAGGUCCCGACUUUACGUACAUUUUAGAAUCGGAUACGGGCGACAGAGCGCGGCUGGAGAACGACUACCAUGCAGUCUUCUACGACUGGGAUCCCACUAAGCCGGCCAACGUGUCUAUUUGGAGCCAGAAUUUCUUGGGGAAGUCGGUGAAUAGUUCGGUCCUUAAAGUGCCCAUUUUGGCCAACUCCCAGCGGCGAGACCCACAGAAUUUAAGGUUUAACGUGAGGACAAAUUCUUUAAUAUGGCAACCACCAGAGGAGUCAAAGGGACACACUGGGUACACCUUCUUUUGGUGCGACACGUAUAUACUCAGUAAAUUUUGCGGGAGUCAGCUGAAGUUGGAGGAGCUGCCUGCAUCGGAGACACAGUUUAGGUUUGAGGGCCAUUGGGAGAACUGCCUUUGGGGUGUGGCGGCGAUAUACGAGGACAAUUCCGGCACUGGAAUACACUGGGUCUUUGGCUAAAUGGUCAAAACUAUAUCAAAAAUAUAUACACCAGCAGAUUACCCGUAAUCUUUUUAAAUAAAAGGGUUUCUUAUGAAAGCGUCAAGCCAA